GCCGUCCGACGUCUUGUUCCUCGCACCAUGUCGGAUUCAGUGGGUGCGUUGAUCCCCCCGACCUAUACCUACUUUACAUACUACACUGGAUAACAUUAAAUGGAGGGAUGGAUAUAAUCGGGGGGGGGGGAGAAAUAAUAUGCUGAUCGAUAUGACGUUCAGAUCGUGUCUUCGUCCAUGCCCUUAACACGGUGAAACGCAUUCCCCGCACGGGGACCGCUAGACCGCCGGCGUCGGAGAGAUUGAAGCUUUAUGGCUUGUAUAAACAAAGCAUGGGUAUUUGUCUCCCUUCCUUUUCAUUUUUGACCACUGGGGAGUUUGUGUUGCGUUGAUGAUAAUGGAAUGGGAUAUGCUGACGAAGGAUUUAAUUGAUGUUAUGUAGAAGGCGAUGUCGAAGGCGUCAUGGAUCGACCGGUCGGGAAUACCGCGGAUGUGUUUAUGGAGUGUGAGAAAUGGGACGCAUGGCACGCCCAACGAGGCCUCUCCCGCACAGAAGCCAAACGACGCUACAUCUCCACUCUCAUCGAUACCAUGCAUAACUACGCUUCCCAAACAGCCGAGGCAAGGGAACUCGUCGCGGAAUUGGAAUUCGUCUGGGAUCAGAUCAAAUCCAACCCGUCUUCGUCGUCUAAGUCGUCGUCUCAGGGCCUCGGUAGUCCCGUGGCUUCGGCGGCAGCGGUGUCCAUACGGGAUCAUGCACGGAUCCAGCAGCAGCAACAGCAGCAGUUCCAGCAGUCUAGUAAUAGAUUGACUCGUCCGGAGUAUGAGCAGUUACUUGCUACCACGGCUAGAGGGAGAGGGAGUGAGAGAUUACGGGUGUUGAGUCCGGUUAGUCAGGCGGAGUCGGGGUUUCGACGACAGAUGGAGGAGGAGCCACCUGAAGAAGAAGAAGAGGAGGAAGAGGAAGAAGUGUACGCGGAAGCGCAGGAUAAUCUAUUCGAGAAUGAAGACGACAACGACGAGGAAGAAGAACAUCUGGAGGAAGAAGAAGACUACAACAACACUCACGACCGUCACGAAUCGCAUGACUACCAUCAACAACAACAAGGGUACAGCUUCCCCUCCCACCAGGAGGAAGACUACGAUCACGAUACUACCCUAAGUCGAAGACGACGACGACCACCACAACCACCCCCGGACGACUCCAAACGCUGGCGUCGCACCGUCGAGCAGGCCUUGACGACCAUGACCGCCGAGAUCGCCGCCGUGCGAGAACAACUGGAAGCGCGAGCGCUAGCUCAUCGUCGACGAACAGGCCUGUGGGCCUGGCUAAAGUGGUUGGUUUGGGUCGCCGCACGGCAGAUCAUGGUUGAUUUGGCGUUGCUCGGUAUGCUUCUGAUCUGGAUGAGACUGCGGGGAGACCGCAGGUUAGAGGAGAAGUUGAAGGUGGGUUGGGCGGAGGUGAAGACGAGGUUGGUGUUCUUGAUGCUGUUUAGGAGGGUUAGGAGGGUGGUGUCCGCGUCUCCUACGUCUUCAUCUUCACCUUCUUCGUCUGGUGAUAAGGCCCCGUGAGGUUCUUUAUGCACCGAUUUUAUUACCAUCAGUUCAUUUCUUUUGUCUUUUUCUGGUACAUAUACAUAUAUACCUUUUUCUUCUCUUCUCUUCUCUUUCUUUUUCUUACUUACUUAUUAUACCUAUACCUAUACCUCUCUCUUUUAUUAUUCAUUUCUUAUGUUAUUGUGUCGGGUUGAUUAUUAGAGGUUGUCUUGUCUACUUCUCUACUUCUCUUUGAGGUGUUAUACUUCAUUGCAGUGGCUAGCUGUCUGCAUAUUUCUGUGCGGUGUUCUGGUUGUACACUUUUUGUAUUCUAGGUGAUUUACAGUCUAUAGAUCUGGAGCCUGGAUUAUAGUGUAUGCAUCAUUAUCAUCAUCUGAUACC